UCUGAGCAGGGGUGUGGUGCCGCAGCUGCCUGGAGUGUCCCUCGGGCAUCUGAGGUGCAGGACCGAGCUCUGCGCCCGCCCGUCAGAAAGCCGCGCUCUGGCAGCUCUGCCUGGCCAUGGUCUGAGCCGCCCCAUGCGCCUGCCCAGCUCGGCAGGAUGCAGCAUUAUGGUUCACGCAUUCCUCAUCCAUACACUGCACCCUCGGCCCGGGGAAGAGGCUGGGCUCUGCCGGGUGCUGUAUUCCAGGGUCUUUGGCUCUGAGAGGCUGGACCAGUCACCAGAGGAGUCCGGGCCGCAUGAUCUCGAGAAGGAGAGACUGGGCAGGAAGGAGCAGAUUUUGGCUGUGGCAAGGCAGGUGGAUUCAACAUGUAAACUGCUGCACCAGGCGUCAGGGCGCCCUGCCUCUGACUUCCCCAUCCAGCUGCCCGACGAGCCAAUUUCCCUCCAGGAUGCCCCAUCCGGGGUGUUCCGCCUCCCUCCCGGGGAUCCCUUCUGUGAGAACAAGAUGGUGCUCUGGCUAGGGGUCCUGUCUCUGGGCUUUGCUCUGGUGUGUGAUCCCCAGGAGAACCUGAUGCUGGCUGAGAACACCCUGCGGCUGGUGGUGAAGUAUCUCCUGGAGCAUCUGAAGCUGCUAAGCCAGGGCAGCAACGUGGUCCUCAAGGCAGACAAGACCGAGAUCAUCCUGAGCAAAUUCCUGCCCCAUGGGCAGUUGCUCUUCCUGAAUGAUCAGUUUGUCCAGGGACUGGAAAAGGAGCUGGUUGCCUGUCUGUCCAAGUAGAAGGCUCUUAGUGGAACAAGCCAUCCAGACAGCAUGAACACUGGGAGGGGCGGAGGGUGCACUGUCGUUUAAAGGAGACACAUCAAGGUUGGUAACUGUGGCCCUAGUAGGUUUUAUUAUCAUCGUCCUGGCCAUACAGCAUGUCCUGCUGGCUGCAUCCCCCCAAGGGACCCACUGAAAUCUCCUGUCCCACAGUGGAGGCAGUUGCAGCCGUUAGAGGGAGGGGGAGAUGUGCGUGCGGUUGGGUGAUCUGUACUUGUCCCCUGCUUGAAACGAUUGCUCAGUUCCUAUUUUCAAUAAACUAGGCUCGGCUGGGAGAAACCCGCCUGCGUCACGCACUGCGCAA